AUGAGCACCAAAAUCCCCCUGAUCACGCUCGAAGAGCAUUUUAUCUCCCAGGCUGUCCUUGACUACUAUGCCUCUCAAGGCGUCGACACGAGUCUCCCAGACUCUAUGGCCCACAUCAUGACUGCGCUUCGUGAAGUCGGCCCAAAGCGGCUCAAGGCUAUGGAUAAUGGCCGUGUUAGUCUUCAAGUCAUUUCCCAUCGACCGAACACUAUCCCCAUCCCACCCGAGGUCUGUACAAAGGCGAACGACGAACUAUACGAAGCCAUCAAGGCGUCGCCCUCCCCGAACCGCUUCGCUGCCUUCGCCAUGCUACCAAUGCUAUACCCCGAGGAAGCGGCAAAGGAACUCGACCGGUGUGUCUCACAGCUUGAAUUCGUGGGCAGCCUCAUUGACAACACCGCCGAGGGUCGCUACUAUGAUGAUUCCUUUUUCUGGCCCAUCUUCGCUGCCCACGAGAAGCUCGACGUCCCCGUCUACCUCCACGCGAUACCACAGACUAUCACUGAGUCCACGGUUGCACCAUCAUUCCAUGGGAACUAUUCACCCCAGGUUUCAAACUUCCUUGCCAACCACGGAUUCCAUUGGCACAGCGACGUGGCACUGCAUGUUUUGCGGCUCUUCGCAAGCAAGCUCUUCGACACGCAUCGGCACUUGAAACUCCUGCUGGGCCACAUGGGCGAGACGCUACCUUUUUUGAUCGACAGAAUUCACAAGCUCGUCCAGCGGACCUGGCCGCACGCGUCGAAACCGAGGCGUCAUCUUCUGCAAGUCUGGCAUGAGAACAUCUAUGUUACGACGGCCGGCAUGUUCAGCCUUGCCCCAAUGGCUUGCCUCAUCCACAUGUGCUGCGCCGACAAGGUACUUUAUAGUGUAGACUAUCCAUUCUGCAGCCAUGAAGAUGGCGUGAAGUUUAUGUACGCAUUGAGAGAAAGUGCAAUGAUAAACAACCAGGACUUUGAAGCAAUCGCGUACAAAAACGCCGAGAGACUGCUCGACAUCAAGGUUCCCGACAACAACGAGGUGGGAAUGGAGAUUGACGGCGACGAUGACCAGGGCGACGCUGACAGGCGGAGCAUGCCGUGGUUGACGAACACGACCAGCCUGGGCAGCCUCAACGGCGACGGGCCGGGUUUCCCGCACAGCCCGCUCGAGACAGUCCGAGAGUAA